GUGUAAUCGAAAAAUAAUGGAACUGGUAUCAUAAUAAUAUUUUUACAAUUCAUACUAUCUAUAAUUAUAUUUACAAAGUAGCUCUCCCUGUCUAAAAUGUAUAUUAAUACGAAUGAGUUUACCUUCCGCCUAUGUUUUCGCAUCAAAACACGUCACCCUCGAAUCGUUCAUACAGAUAUUGUUCAACAUUAAUACCGAUAACAAUUAUCAUGGUGCGAUUACCGGUUCGAUAUCUUCAACUGUUCCUUCACAAAUGAAUUCUGCUCGGCAUGACGUGCAUUCAUUGUAGACAGUAUUCUUCAUAAUGUUCAGACCAACAAGGAAACAGCUCCCGGUCAAUUUGGUCCUUACCGCUCUGCUGACCAGCGGCAUAACAAUAGUAUGUUCAAUAUCUUACAUAGUUCUCAGUGCAUUAUCAUUAAUUUACAGAAGUAAUUGCCACAUUGGUUUACCAGAGAAUUUAUCAAAUUCGGAUUUAUUUUGGAUUCACCUUUAUAGAUUAUAUAUUCAAGAAGGAUGUGACCAGUCUAUAUACGCAGAGGAUCUGACCACCUCAGGAACGGUGUUCAUAUUAUCCGCUAUCACUUUAGCUAUCUCAAUCGUCUUAUUAAUCGUAUCUGGAUUUUUAACAUCAGUGGUACAGAACAAUGAAAGGAUUCAGUAUGUCAAUCUUGCUGUCUACGGAUAUAUUAUAGUUAGCUUACUAUCCUUGAUUGUGGACCUUACAUUUGGAACUUACUUUGGCAUUGACUACAAAACCCUUAGCGACCAACUGGAUGCCUCUGACGGGAAUUUGGGCAGUAUUUACGCAAAAGAAAUCACGCGACAAGGUGCAUUCUAUUUAAUGACCAUAGUAUUAAAAGGAUAUGUGUAUCACGUAAUCAAUCUUGUGUUGAUAAUACUUCUGGCUAUGUACACGUUGGAAUAUGGAAGCGCUUUGCAAAAAAAUGAGCACUCAAUACACAAAAUGGGCAUAUUGAACGCAUUCGAGACAAAUAGAAGAAUAAAUGAGGGUGAGAGACGACCGCAGUAUUCAGACAUGACGUAUCCACCUUUUGUAAGAAGUAUGCAAGUCAACCACGGCUUCAAUAACGACGAUGAGCUGCCACGUAUCCCAACACGGGAUCCAAUAAGAAUCGAGAAUUCGUCCAACCGAUCGUUCGAUCGAUCUGAUUCGUGGCAUCACAGCCGUUCCGUCCCCGAUCCGGCACAAAGUGGUCGUCCAUUCUCCUACUUGGAGGAGAUCAAACGAACGGUGCCUGUGCGGCCAUCGACUUCUCCCGAAGAAGAUCCUCGGUGGCGUAGGGAAUGGACUGCUAACACAGGACCCCCGCUACCGGCGCCGGAUUAUAGUCCUCAACAACCUCGAAGACUCAAAUCAGCCCUGAAAUCGGCUUACAUGUAACAUCAAGUUAAAUUUAAUCGAUUUCUAUCUACAUAUCAGAUUUUCGAGAUUGAUAAUAGGAUUGACUAUGAGUUAAUAUUAUUUAUUUACACCAUGUAUAGUAAUUUUGUACUCAAUGCUAAACUUUUUAAUAAAUUAUCUCCUAAAAA